AUGGCCAACGACACCUACCACUUCAUAAAAGACAUAAAGCCCGGGCUGAAAAAUUUAAAUGUCGUCUUUAUUGUGCUGGAGAUCGGGCGGGUCACCAAGACCAAAGACGGACACGAGGUGCGAUCCUGCAAGGUGGCCGACAAGACGGGCAGCGUCACCAUCUCGGUGUGGGACGAGCUGGGCGGCCUCAUCCAACCGGGCGACAUCAUCCGGCUGACCAAAGGGUACGCAUCUCUCUGGAAAGGAUGUCUUACACUUUACACCGGAAGGGGAGGAGAACUUCAAAAAAUCGGGGAGUUCUGCAUGGUGUAUUCCGAAGUGCCCAACUUCAGCGACCCCAACUCCGACCACCUGGGGCAGCCCGGCAAAGUGGGGCCAGGAGAACAGAGUAAUUCCCUUCUGCCAACUAAUAUGGGUACUUGUACUUUUGGGCCAACUGGAAACGGCUUACAGGCAGCGUCUGAGGGGAGCGGGUUAUCGUCGGGGUACAGUAAUCCGGCCUCCUAUGCAGGAACAGGGAGGGCCAGCGGAAGGGCCCCCGCCUCUUCUUCCACAGCGGCACCGUCAAAUAACCCUCGCCCCCUCCCGGUCACCAUAAGUAAUGGGAGGGACCCUCGCAGGGCCUCCAAAAGAUGA